UGUGAGCUCGUUCUGUAGUGCCUAUUUUUUCGUCGGACCCUGCCCUGUUUUUUCUUUACCUCGGACCAGAGGUUCGGUAUUUUAUAGUGUGAGGGGUCGGGUAUUUCCCUGGGAGGAUAAAUAUGAGAACGAGCACCUGCGGGACGGUGAUGCUGGUGUGUGCCACCAUUCUGGGGCCCAUCACCAUCGUUUUUCUGGCCGUUUCGUUUGCCACAGAUCACUGGCUGGAAUUUAAGGUGGCCCGGGACAAACUCACCAGUCCUUCCGAACCCAACAGAGUUACCCACACAAGAUACAGGGGUCUAUUCAGGGAAUGUUACCCAGGAAACGAUACAGAAUUUUUAUCGACAGAAACAGGUGUUGUGGAUAAUUACUGUUUUAACAUAGAUUACGAGGUGCCAGAAUCAUCCACGUCCAACCCAAGUACCGAAUACCUCGCCAGAAUCCACCUUUCUCGUUGUUUCUUGGCCUUUUACGUGGUGGCGCUGGUAGUCUUCCUGUUGGCCUUUAUAUUUGGUUUGGUUGUCUGCUGCUGGAGAAGAUCUAAAUGGGCCUAUAUCGCUGGCCUGUGUGCUUACAUAGCAGCAUUCGCCACGGCAGCAGCCAUAGCGUUUUUUCAUGGAGCUGAAUACCUUGAGAGGAAUAAAAUCGAAGACGAUCAUUCUUUCUACUCAAAGUGGUCUGCGAGCUUGCAGAAUGCAACAACACGCUCCUACGGCUGGUCCUACAUCCUAGGAUGGGUAGGCAUGAUCCUUGCCGCGCUCUCGGCAACGUUUUACUCAGUGGCUGGCUGCUACAUAGGUGGUGAACGUUAUGAUGACAAAGAAUAUCUGGAAAAGAGGCGCGAAUUUCAGGAGACUCAAAUGGGACCAGAUUAUUAUUACGGAAGACCUUAUCCACAACCUGCCAUGAUUGGUCCAUACGUAUAUGACAUGGAAACUAGACGCCCACUACCGGCCAUUGGAUACGGUGACCCGUAUGUGUCAUGGAGCUAAAAUGUAAAUGGCAUAGGCAUUUUUUCACUACUGCAUAUCUUCUAAUACUUUAAAGGUUUGUUAGAGCUGCUGUCAGAAUAUAUAGUGCUUUAAGCAUUAUAUGGGGAAUAAGUUUUUGAGAGUUGCGUAUAUUGAAGAUCUCUACUGCCUAGCUGCUUGAGGUUCAGUAUUUUAGAAAUAAAGCACAUAUUGAGGAAAAGGGAGAUCUCUGAAGCCUUCAUGUUCUACAGGAAAUAAAAUACUCUCUUUUUUCAAGAAUUUUGUCUAUAAAACAUAAUCUUUCUACCAUGAACUUCAAUACAUAUUUACUACAAUUAUACACAUAAUUUUACUUUCGAAGGACCACUUUUGUUGAGGACAAACGAAUCGUUUAUCAUCUGACAAAUGACCAAGGUUGAUUGAUUUCUCUUUUUUAAUGAAUAAAACUACAUAUGAAAUACAUAUUUCUACAUCAGACACCAAAUAUUUACAUUUGUAUCAUUGAAUGCAAGAGGUGCUUAGAAGGAUCUGUGACGUCAGUGUAUGACAUAAUGUAAAAUGCUCAGAGAGAGGGAGAUCACUCUUCUUUUUUCAGUAUAUUAUCAUUAAGAAUCUUUUACUAUUCUAUAUAUUAGCAUUUAUAUGUAUAUAUUGCAAUUUAUCAUAUGUAUAAUUAUAUAUAUGACGUAUCUUGAAAAUACUGUAAAAUAUUUACAAUGAAUAUACUAUUUUCACAGUAAAA